AUGCUACUCAGGAGCAUAUUCUCGCUGUACCUGCUAUCCUCGCUUUCGCAGGUUAUUUCUAGGCCUGUCUCCGUGGUUACCUCAGGAGACCCCGGGUCCGUGCAACGGCGGUCACCUAGCAUAGACGCAGUGCUUCCAAGAGACCCUUCUCAUGCGGUCAACGUAAAAGCGACCAAAUCCACCGAGACAAGGCAAGACGCAGCAUGGCUCAUCGUGGACGCACAAGUGUUGGACGAGCCAGAGUCGGAGAAAGUCCGCACAGACCCCGCAUGGCUCAUUGUUUCGCCCCAGGAGCUGGAGAAGGAGGAGAAGAGAAAGGAUUCCGCGUGGUUGAUUGUCUCGCCUGAACUUGAAGUUCCGGAACUUCCAUAG